AUAUAGUGAUGUAGAUGCCAAAGCAUUUCCCACGUAACAAAAGUUCUGAUGCUGCCUAGACCUGCGCGCACUUCAUGAUAAGCUAUGGAUGAGCGUUGUUGAGCAAGACGAUAUAGGAUAUUGACAGCAUCUUUAGGUCAUUAUAUGCAUAUUCGAGUAGGCUGCGCCGGUCGGCGAGGUGACAAGCAAAGGACAUACUGAAGUUGCAUUUUGGAUGCUUGGAUGCAGAUGCGCAUGGAUUUCAGGUGUUGUAUUGCCUAUUUCCAACUACUUGGAAUAUCCGUCAAUGAUUUAACACAAUUUAAAGCUGAUAAAUAAGAUCAUGGGGGGAGAUCAACUCGAUGCCAACGCAAGCUGGAAUUACAUGCACAACGACUCAACCAAAAUGUGGAGCGACAACGCAUUCACAGCGCCUGUCAUGGUCAUUCUUUUGAUGAUGAUGGUAACUUUGGUGGUUGUGAUAGUUUUGGGAAACGCUUUGGUCAUUUUCGCCUUUAAAGUAGACAAGAGUCUGAGGAGGCAAAGCAACUAUUACUUCCUGAAUCUCGCCAUAUCGGAUUUUCUUGUUGGGGCAUUCUGCAUUCCAGUGUACAUCCCAUACACCCUGACAGGGAGAUGGAUGUUGGGCAGAGGACUGUGCAAACUGUGGCUGGUCAUGGACUACUUGCUCUGUACUGCCUCUGUCUUCAACAUUGUCCUGAUCAGCUAUGACCGCUUCCUCUCUGUCACCAGAGCGGUGAGCUACCGUGCCAGACAGGGCAUGACCCACCAAGCCAUCAUGAAGAUGAUAGCAGUCUGGGUCCUGGCCUUUGUCCUCUAUGGCCCUGCCAUCAUCUUCUGGGAGCUGGUGGUGGGGAAGAGCCGUGUCCCGGAGGAUGAGUGCUACGCUGAGUUCUACUACACCUGGUACUUCCUCCUCAGUGCCUCCAUGUUGGAGUUCUUCUCCCCCUUAAUCUCCGUAACCUUCUUCAACCUCAGCAUCUACCUCAACAUACGUCGUAGGAGGCUCCGGAACAGAGAUGAGACGAGUGGACAGGCCCACGCGCCUGAUGGACAGCCCCCUCCCCUGGGGAGAGGGGAAUGCCUCCGCCUCACUUCCCUCUUCUCCCGGAACUCGGUAGUGGUUAAGAAGCUGUCUAGCACUGUGUCGGUCCAGGAGAGGGGAUCAGGCUCGGGGUCCUUCCACUCCCAGAUCUUCCAUCCCCCCUUGGAGCGGCAGGACACCUCCACUAGGGGCACACAGCGCAGUUGCCUGUCCAGGGACAAGAAGAUUGCCAAGUCACUGGCUGUCAUCGUGUGUGUGUUUGCUGUGUGCUGGGCGCCCUACACCCUCCUGAUGAUCAUCAGAGCCGCCUGUAAGGGACGCUGCGUCCAGCACCACUGGUAUGAGGUCACCUUCUGGCUGCUGUGGCUCAACUCGGCCAUUAACCCUUUCCUCUACCCGCUCUGUCACAGCAGCUUCCGCAGGGCCUUUGGCAGGAUCCUGUGUCCCAGCAGGAGGGCAACUCAGCUGGCCACCAACUGA